UUCUUUUCCAUUGUCUGUGAUUCAACAUUUGGUGUUUUCUUUAUUUCAUUUCAUUUAUUACAAUUGUUGAUUACAAUUUAAUUUUCUUUUUUUAUAUUUAACUGUUUUUUAUUCUUCAAUAGUUAAUUCCUUUUCUUCCUUUGUCUUAAAUUGUUUUAAUUUUGCUCGUUGUUAAUUGAAUUGUAAUAGAAAAAUGGCUGAAAAUAGUGACCAAGAAGCUGUUAACCAAAUGAUCCAAGGUAAAAGGCAUCUUCUCAUUAGAGAUUAUUACUCGGCUGUUCAGAGCUUUGAAAAGGUCUGUCAAUUGUUGGACACUAAAUAUGGUAAAUGUUCAGACCAGUGUGGUGAUGCUUAUCUUAAUUAUGGUAUUGCUCUGUUGGAAUUGGCAAGACAAGAAACCGGAGCUCAAGAAGGCCUUGUUAAUGCUAAAAUAAAUGACCCUUCCGGUUCAGAAGAUGAAGACGAAGAGGGUGAUGAAGAGGAAGGAGAAGAGGAGGGAGAAGGAGAAGAAGGGGAAGAUGGUGAGGCAAAUGAAGGAAAAACCGAUGAUGAAGGUAAAAAGACUGAUGCUGAGGAAGAUUUGGCUGUCUCAGACCAAGAACAAGAGAAAGAAGGUGAAAAACCUGAUGUAGAGGUAAAUGCAGAAUCCACAGAAUCUAAGGACGUUGAAAUGAAUGGUAAAGAAGAACAUGCUGCAGAAGAAAAAGUCAAAACCAAUGGUGAUGCUAAAAAAGAAGAAGAUAAAGAAGAUAUUACAAAAUCUGUCGAUGAACCAAUGGCUGGCGGUUCUUCUUCUGCUGGACCUUCCAAUGAUCUUGAAGAGCCAAGUACAUCAACAGGUAUCAAAAGAUCUGAUGAUGAUGACGAACCAACAAAUACUGAAAUAGCUUGGGAAGUUUUAUCAAUUGCUAAGGAAAUUUUCACUCGUCAAGUUAACAAUGGUGAAGAUUUUAAAUACAAAUUAGCUGAAACUUUACAGAAAUUGGGUGAAAUUGCCACCGAAUGGGAAAACAAUGAAUUAGCAAUUGAGUUAUUAACUGAAUGUUUAACUUUGAGGCAACAAUCUCUUCCAGAGGAUGAUAGACUUAUCGCUGAGACACAUUAUCAUAUUGGAAAUGCUCACUCAUUCAUAUCUCAAGUUGAAUCAGCCAAUGAAUGCUUCCAAAAGGCAAUCGAUGUGAUUAAAAAACGAAUUGAGAACAAAAAGAUUUCCCUUACAACCGAUGAGACCAAAAAUGAGGAAAUUUUAUCCACAAUUAAAGAUGAAAUCAGAGAAUUGGAAGAUUUACUCCCUGAAAUGGUUUCCCGAAUAGAGGAUAGAGCUGAUCAGAUGAUGGCAACAAUCAAGGAUGUCGUUAAAAUGGCCUGUUCGGAUAAAGAAGACGCCGAUAGAGCAGCUAAACUUAAAUCAAACGAACCCAAACCAAUUAACAAUAUCAGUCAUUUGGUUAAACGUAAACAUGUUGACAAUGGUGAUUCAAACUCUUCAUCCAAUGGAGGUACCAAGAAAAUCUGUACAAAUGAUCAUCAAGCAAAAGAAGUUGAAAAAACGGAUGUUGCUUAAUUAACCCAACUCACAUAAAUUGAAACAAAAUCUUCUGAUUUAAUCAUUUUGAUUAAUUUUCAUUAUCCAAAUUCACAACUACAUUAUUAAUUUUUUCCUCUUCUCAUUUUAAAAGUCAAAUUUAUUUUCACCUUUUUUUUCAUUUAUGUUUCUCAUCAAACCUACUCAAUUGUUGAAAAAGUUAACAGCAACAAAAAAACAUCAAUCACAUUUUCGGCUCAUCAAAACCGUUAUCAAUAAAGAUAUGUAAAAAAAACGAAACAA